AUGGGACAGGGCUAUUCCAUCACCACUUUGUCAGCUGGCUCUGCCGGCAUCGAUGUGCCAGAGCUCGCGGACCUCGUAUACGAAAAAUCCUUGGGAACGGCUAGGUUCAUGAAGAGCAUUCGUGCCCGACAUAGAAAUGGUCUCGUUUUUGUUAAGGUGAUAAUAAAGCCGUAUCCGAGCAUGAAACUGGAUCCUUAUGUCAAGGCCAUUCUACAUGAACGAGAUAUACUAGAGCAAGUUCCAAAUGCCCUUGGGUAUCAGCGGAUACUGGAAAGUGGGACUGGAGGUUAUCUUGUCCGUCAAUAUAUUCAUAGUUCACUGUACGAUCGUAUGAGCACACGUCCAUUCCUCGAAGAUAUCGAGAAGAAAUGGUUAGCGUACCAGCUACUAUGCGCUCUACGGGAUUGCCAUUCCCAUGAUAUCUUCCAUGGAGACAUAAAGACGGAGAAUCUGCUCGUAACGUCCUGGAACUGGUUAUAUUUAUCGGAUUUUUCGUCGUCAUUUAAACCAACAUUUCUUCCAGAAGACAAUCCGGCCGAUUUUUCAUUUUAUUUCGAUACGUCUGGCCGCCGGACAUGUUACUUAGCUCCUGAAAGAUUUCUCGUCACGGGAGAAGAACCUGAGGGUAGGGGAAUGAACUGGGCAAUGGAUAUAUUUAGUGCUGGUUGCGUCAUUGCCGAACUAUUUCUCGAGUCUCCGAUUUUCACCCUCAGUCAGUUGUAUAAAUAUCGAAAGGGGGAGUAUGACCCAGAACAUAGCCAUCUGUCAAAGAUAGAGGAUGCCAAUAUAAGGGAUUUAGUCGUUCAUAUGAUCCGUGUCGACCCGGAAUCCAGAUACUCAGCUGAAGAAUGCCUCAAUUUCUGGCGCCACAAAGCUUUUCCUGAAUAUUUCUACAGCUUCCUUCACCAAUACAUGGGGCUCAUUACCGAUCCCUCGUCUGGUGGUGCUCGUAUUGGCCUCAGCCCUGGUGACCUGCGAGAAGCCGAUGAGCGCAUUGACAAAACCUAUAUGGAUUUCGACAAAAUAUCAUAUUUUCUGGGCGUUAAUGCUAAACCUACUAUCGACGGGUCAAGUCUCACAUACCCAUCACUUAACUACCCCGAUUUCCCCCUUCAACUCGAUUUACCGAAUCAUGGCCACCAAUAUUCGAAACCACAACCUGAAUCUGAUGAUGGGACAUUGAUAUUUCUCACACUUGUUGUUUCAAAUCUACGAAAUACUGUAAAAUCAUCAACUCGAGUUAAAGCCUGUGAUAUUCUGUUGGCCUUCGCUGAAAGAGUUCCCGAUGAAGCAAAACUAGAUAGGAUUCUGCCGUUUGUGAUGUUUCUACUUACUGAUCGUUCAGAUAUUGUUAAAGUGGCUGCAAUCCGAACGUUAACACAACUUCUCGCCAUGGUCCGUGUGGUUUCCCCGGUCAAUGCUUACAUCUUCCCAGAGUAUAUAUUUCCCCGCCUCCAGCCAUUUAUACCCAGCCUCAGUUCAAAUCCCAGCCCAAUCGUUAGGGCAACCUACGCUUCCUGCAUUGCGUCUCUCGCUCAAUCCUCCGUUCGGAUAUUAGAUAUGAUUCAAACCUUGCGCUCGGACAUCCGACUGGGUUCGCUUGUCCCAGAAAGCACAGAAGCAGGUUGGACGGAAGGUGUGUCCUACCAUAAUCUUUACGACGUUGCUCAGGUUGAUCUUCUUGACUUUUUCGAAGCUCAUACAAAGGCUCUCCUUACGGAUAAUGAUGUUUCCGUUCGUCGGGCCUUCCUUGGAUCUGUCUCCAGUCUUUGUGUCUUCUUUGGUAACCCGAAGACAAACGAGGUUAUUCUGAGCCACCUCAAUACUUAUUUGAAUGAUAAGGAUUGGAUACUCAAGUGCGCAUUCUUUGAAGCAGUGGUUGGAGUCGCAACAUAUGUUGGAAGUAUAAGUUUAGAAGAAUUUAUUCUACCACUUAUGGUUCAAUCAAUGACGGACCCAGAGGAGUUUGUUAUUGAGAGAGUCCUUCGCUCUCUUGCUCGUAUGGCGAAACUGGGGCUAUUUCAACGAUCAACGACAUGGGAUCUCCUUCAUAUCGCGGUACGAUUUUUCGUCCAUCCUAGCAUAUGGAUACGUGAGGCCGCCGUUCAAUUUGUUGUGGCUUCAACAACGUUCCUCUCCCCAGCCGAUACAUAUUCCAUUAUAUCACCCCUUGUUCGUCCUUUCCUCAAAACCAACACAACAGACAUAUCGGAAACCCAGCUUUUGGAUGCGCUGAAAAAGCCGCUAUCCAAAAGCGUGUAUGAUAUGCUAUUGAUAUGGGCAAUCAAGUCUGAAAAAGGCCUCUUCUGGAAAACUGCUGCUCGAGAUGGAACAUUUGUUCUGGCAAGUCCGCCUACUCCAAGUAUAGGGAAAAUGCGGCCACGGAGCGGCAACUUUUCGUCUAACGCUCUCACCAAAAAUGAAGAAGAUGAGCAGUGGCUCGCUCGAUUGAAGAAUAUUGGGAUGACCCAGGAUGACGAAUUCAAGCUAUUGGCUCUCAAAGAGUACAUAUGGAGAGUAGCGAUGAGACGGGCAAAAGAAGGAGACACCAGUUCCACGGUGCCUCUAUCCAACAUUAUAUCUUUAACUCAACACGGUGUAACUCCGCAAACGGUCUUCUUUGAUAAAAAUCAAGGGAUGGAACAGCAGCAAUCAUCCAUUGACAAAGCCGAUGCACCUGGAGAGAGAAAAGUUCAUACAAUUGCCGAUGCACUUCUUGACGCCUCAACCACAAUUAAUGCAGCGCCUGGUUCGCGCCGUAAGAACAUCCCACUCAAGGGCAGCAGGCGGGUAGAAAGCGUAAGCUCUCUUGCUGUGCCCCAUACAGUUUCACCUGAGUCGCCAUCCAAGAACCCCCGUGCGGGGUUGCACGAUUCGUCAGCAUCUCCAUCUGAUGUAGAACAAAGAGAUAAUUUCCUCAGAAACCGAACUGAAACCGUAUCGGAACGUAAUACCUCGUUGGACCGUAAUGGUUCUGACAAUCAUGCCAUUUCCCAUCCGGACGGCAAACCUCAUCGUCGAUCUUCUGCCAUAAACCUCCUCAACCGUAAUGAAACCACCAAAGCAUAUGCUGAAACGUCAACUACAUCCAUGAAUGCUUUCGGUAAAGUGGAUGCAACCUUUCAAAGAGACCAAUUCCGGCCAUCGCCGCUCUCCAUGGUGCAGGACGUCAAUGUUCCACCAGAGCCACAGCAGCAACAAUAUCGCACAAACCAUACGUACCGUGGCAAUGAUCCUACAAUACUCAAGCUCCUGGAUGCGGUGUUUGCUGAGAAUUGUCCCACUGAUGUAUUUGAGUUUGGUCCUACUGUUUCCCCUGUGAGCGCUCAUCAUCCCAUCAAGAAAGCCAGUUUCCAAGAACCAGAAAAGCCCUGGAGGCCUCAAGGAAACCUUGUUGCAAUGUUCGGUGAACACAGUGGACCCAUAAACCGCAUUGCAGUCGCCCCUGACCACGCGUUUUUUGUCACAGCCUCAGAUGAUGGUUCUUUGAAGAUCUGGGAUACCACGAGGCUAGAAAAAAACCUUACACCGCGAUCGCGACAGACCCACCGCCACAGCAAUGAUGCGAGAGUGAAAUGCGUUACAUUCAUCGAAAACACUCACACAUUUGUCAGUGCAGCUACUGAUGGAAGUAUUCAUGCUGUUAGGGUUGAUUAUCGCAGUAUUAAUGAUGCUGUUCGAUAUGGGAAACCACAAAUUGUUCGCGACUAUAACCUUUCUUUCCAUUCAAAUAACUCAGGUGAAUACGCCGUUUGGAUGGAACAUUAUCGGUCGGAAACCCAUUCUAUCCUUUUUGUAGCCACGAAUAGAUCCCGAAUCUUGGCGUUAGACAUGAAAUUGAUGACCCCUCUAUAUACCCUCGAAAACGCAGUUCAUCAUGGAACUCCCACAACAUUUUGCCUGGACAGGAAACGCAACUGGCUUCUCCUAGGCACAUCUCACGGGAUUCUUGACCUCUGGGAUCUGCGGUUCCGCAUACGAGUAAAAUCCUGGGGUCUUCCCGGCGGAACCCCAAUACAUCGGCUGCUUAUCCACCCGCUUAAAGGGCGAGGUAGAUGGGUGUGCGUGGUGGGAGGUAGCAACAACGGUUCCGAAAUUAUGGUAUGGGAUAUCGAUAAAGUCCAAUGUAGAGAGGUUUACCGCACUGCGUCUGCGGCUGCCAAUCCCGUUAAUGGAAGCAAGGAUUCGCCCAAAGCUAACACAAGGAAGAACACCAACCUGGUAGCGGAUAUUAGCUGGAAGAACUAUGAACCGUGGCGUGUCGAUGAGGAUCGACCUGAAAGCAUGCUGGGCCGAUUUGCCAGCAAUCCCCAGUCGUUUGCGGGUGUCGAGCCAAGCUUAGGAAACGAGACUGGUCUUGGCUCAUCUAGCGGUGGCGACAUCCGUGCCCUUGCAGUUGGGCUUGACGUACCUGAAAAUAAUCAGGAUGGGUCCAAAUACGGCUUUUUGAUAUCUGGUGGAUCGGAUCGGAAAGUCCGCCUCUGGGAUGUCACACAUCCUGAUGCUUCGAUGGUGAUCAGUGGUCUGGGGGUAGUUCCUGACGGAGUUCCACAAAAACCACGAUAUGACACAACACACCCCACUCCGUCGUUAGCAAUAACCACUGAGUGGGUACCUACUGGCGGGACGUCAUCUAAUGGCAGUGCCAAGGACCUGGAUUCCGCAAAAACCCGUGGAAGCAAAAAUGCGGCGACAGGACCAGCGAAAGCUAGCCAUCCUCCCAGGAGUACAGUAAUCAGUUUGCAACAGCAGCAGCUGCUGAAAAGUCAUCUCGAUUCGAUCCUUGAUGUUGCUCUCCUGGAAGUUCCGUAUGGGAUGACUAUCAGUGUGGAUCGUGGUGGGAUGGUAUAUGUAUUUCAAUAA